AAAAGAGCAGCGUCUGUGACUGUGCCGGGCGAGCAAGUCAGCUUUUAAACCGUACACAUCCGAAGCACAAGCCAUGAGCCGGGUUUGAGCCUCGAAAAAAACACCACCCCACUCACGACUGCGAGAGAAAUCCGAUGAGAGGAACGGCUCAGAGAGAGUGAGCUGCCGUAGAUUGUCCAAAGGGGCAGCGUUUCUCCUAGUUCCGGUUUGUCUGCCUGUGCGCGCUGCGCGAGUUGGGACCCUAAACAAAAGGCUGCCAUCAUCCUAAAGGAGAUAUUCCGCUGCGAGAGAGCCCGUCUGCUUGAUGCCAACCAAACAUGAGCUCCUAUUUUGUUAACCCUCUUUUUUCUAAAUACAAAGGCGGCGAGUCACUGGAGCCAACUUACUACGACUGCAGGUUUCCACAAAGCGUCGCCCGCAGCCACACGCUGGUCUACGGACCCGGAGCAGCCGCGCCGGGCUUUCAGCACCCGUCCCAUCAUGUGCAGGACUUUUUCCACCACGGGACCACGGGGAUCACGAAUCCCGGAUACCAGCAAAACCCCUGCGCUCUGGCGUGCCACGGAGACGCAACGAAAUUUUAUGGAUAUGAAGCCCUUCCGAGGCAAACGCUUUAUGGUACCCAGCAAGACGCAAGCCUAGCGCAAUACCCAGACUGUAAAUCGUCGAGCAGCUCUAACCCCGGAGAAGGACAAGGCCACUUAAAUCAAAACACCUCUCCCACUCUUAUGUUUCCUUGGAUGAGACCCCACGCCCCAGGCAGACGGAACGGGAGGCAAACCUACAGUCGCUACCAAACUCUUGAACUGGAGAAGGAGUUUCUCUUCAACCCUUACCUGACCCGCAAGCGGAGGAUCGAGGUGUCCCACGCCCUGAGCCUCACCGAGCGGCAGGUGAAGAUUUGGUUUCAGAACAGGAGGAUGAAGUGGAAAAAAGAGAACAACAAAGACAAGUUUCCGGGUCAGAGGGGAGAGGCCGAAGCCGAGGGCGAGGAGGAGGGCAACGAGGACGGUGAAGUGGAAGAGGCCGAGGAGAAAGAAGCGGAAGAGAAAGAAGAGACCAAGGAGUGAUUUUAUGGUCCUUUUUUAUGGUUAUAUGGCUGAAAAAAGGAAGAAAAAAGAGAGAGAGAGGUCCCAUAAACAGAGGAAGAGUCACAAGGAGCCAGAGAGCGUCAACUUUAUGACCACCCUUUCAUUUUGUCAAGAGGGAACAGGAAUCCCAACAAUAUUGCUGUCAUAAAUAGACAAGAUUCUCCCUUCUCACGUUUCUCCAACAUCGCAUUUCCAUUUGAAAUUUUCUAGAAGCUACACAAGCUUGUAGCAAUUUUGUUUUUGUUUUUGUAUUAGGAGAAGGGGGAAUAAAUCUAAAAACGCAUGUUAGAUGGAAAAUGGCUUAGCUCUUAUUAUUAUUAUUACUAUUAUUUGUUUUUUAACUUUCACAAAUUUGCUUUUUUAAUAAUAACAACAUCAAAAGCCUAGCCAAUAAGAUCAAAGACAUGACCAACGUCGACCUGUGUUGUAAAUAGAUUAUAGCCUACAUUCAAAAAAUAAGAACAUCAUUUCAGUCAGAGUAACCAAUGUAGGCCUAUAACUUAGUAGUGAGUGUUCAGACAUCAUCAUCAUCAUCAUCGCAGCAGUUACAUUGGCUGUCAGCCUGUGUAUAAACCCACACGUUUUAUUCUUCUAAUUGUUACUGUAAACUGUUUUACUCGUCUUCAUGUGAAUGGCCUAGACAAAGAUAGCCAUUAUAGCUCCUCAGACAUCUUCUUGUUUUCUAGGAUAUACCAGGGAAAUGCAAUCGUUUGAAAUCCUUUGAUGCUACCUAAAACCUGGGGAAAUUGCAAUAGAGAUUUCUGAAUAUAAGAGAUUUCAUAUGGUUUUAAUUUUGAAAGUGUUCUAUAUCAAAAAAACCUUAUAUUAUUAAGUUAUGUAUGUAGCAUUUACCCAAUAUUACAAUAUACACUUGUUUGAAGACAAUUUGUGAGUCUUGGGAAGACAAUUAUAGCUCAAAGCCAAGCGAACAAGUUAGAGAUUGUACCACGGCACUACCUAAACUCAGAGCCUUGCCUUUGCAGAAUUUAUAUUCCACACUUACAUGGCAUCGCUCUGAUCUGAUCGCAAGCUAUUUCCCCAACAACUAAAACUGCCUAUGACGCACAUUUUACUGUGUAUGAUAAUACCUGCUACAAUUACAACGAUUAAAACAAAAAAAAAAAAGUAAGGGAAUUUUUAUUUCAAUGUGCUGGUGAUAUAGCGUAGUUGUUUUGCACUGAAUAUAAUCUUUAUGUACGUCUUGUUAUAUAUUGAUGUGAACAAUAUGCUCGUUUCCUGGUGUUUCUCCUGUGAAAGACGGAUUUGUGUGUCCCCCGCCAUUGUUGAUGUAAAAUCACGAAUAAACAAGAUGGCUCACAAUCA